CAUUCACUUCCAAUUUUUUAUGACACACGAAGAUUUUCUGUUUUUUAGCUACAAAUUUUACAUUGAUUAAAAUUUUUCAUUUUCACAAAAUUGUAAAAAGCUCAAGAGAGAGUUAAGAAAAACCAAUUUAAGAGACUAGACAUCUAGUCGUAAGUAAUACAGAUAUAUUGAUAAGCGAUUGUAAUGGAUCCAUUGAAGCAGAAUUAUACCUACGAUGUCAUAUUGCGAAAGGCGCAACUGCCACGCCCCGAAGAUGGGGAUGGCGACGAGGUCGAUCGCACUUUUAGCGUUCGUCUUUUCAAUGAAUUUGUCGAUCUGACGGCCAAUCGCAUACUGACCGAACACUUUCCCUGCAAGUUCCUAGGUGAGCUUGUCGCCAGUCCCUGCGAUCUCAUUGGCUCCUUGAGUUCCAAAGGCAUCUGUGUGACUGUCUACGAUAAUCAGGAGAUCUUGGGCUCUGGCAAUGCGAUGCUUUCGGAUUCGGUGCUGCGCAAGUUGGUUAAUCAGACCUUUAAGGUCAACGAAGUGGUCUCUGUAGAUAUAACGAAGGAUAAGAAAACAGUUGGCACACUAGAGCUGAAUGUGAAACUCGCCUCAGCGGAUCCUGAUCUAGACACUCGAUUGCAUCACUUUGGCUGCUAUGAUAUUUGUCGACCGCUGGACAAGUCGGUGAAUCCUCGAGAUGUCGUCUUCACACUCGGUCGCUCAAACAGAUGUGCAGCCACCACCUGUAUUACCGAUGAGCGUCUGAUGUCGGGAGCUGGCGCUCCUUUUAACUGUAUGCAUGAGAAGGGUGGCCCCAAAGAACAAUGCGGUUGCUUCAUAGCCGGUGUCAAGCCGCCUCCUGCUCUGGAUCAGAGCAAGGAACGUGAACAGAAGCUGCUCAAGAAACUGCUCACUGAUCUGGAUAUAGAUCGAGAACAUAUACCCACACCUCCUCCAGGUCAUACGCAGUCCAGGCAGCAGAAGUGUCAGUGUCGUAAGUCCAGCGACAGCAGCUAUUUUUCACCCAUGGAAUUCUGGUCAGAUGUGCUAGACACUGACGACGAUGAUGAUGAUGGGGUUGAUGAGGAGGCAGAAUCUCCAGAUGUGGGUUUAUUACCGCAUCAGCUCCAAGAGCUGGAAGCAAAACGCAAGAAGGCGCUAGGCGUUUGUCCGACAAUCCCAACGCCUGAGCUGACAAACGUCAAGUACAAGCCGCCGAAUCUGUGCCCAGUUUGCAAUGCCAACAUCACCUGGCUGCCCAAGGUGGCCGCGUGUCCUUACUGCGGCUACAAACGCUUCGACAUGGACAAGCCCAGCGAGGAGCCCUUCGAUGAGACGGCAACAGCCGCCGAAGUAUUGCGCAAUCAUUUCAUGCAAACGCGCUUCGCAGAUGGCGACAACCAACGGAAGCAUUCGGCUUGUGCCUCUAGCGACCCGAAAGUAGAGUCGCCAAUAGCUGGCAAGGUGCCAAAGGAAUGCAGCUGCAGCUCUUUGAGAGUCUGCACACGAUGUCGCAUUAAGGAGCUGUGUGAGCAGAUGUUUCACAUGGACAUCAAAUCGAAGACGCCAAAGUUGCCAGCAUCGUCGCCAGCCACGACCAAGGGUGUGAAGGAAAAGACCUCAACGCCAUCGAUGCGCCGUGAGCAACUAGUCAACAUCUUUACAGAGAUGCGGGAUAAUUAUGCGAGUAAGGAGGGUAAAGAGCAGACAGCGGAGCAGCUUUGUGCAGCAAAGGGCAAGUCGGGUAAGGCAGGCAAAAAAGGCGCCAAGUCGGGAGGCAAGUCGGGUAAGCCUGGUGGCAAGAAACGCACUUCACCUGCUGUCAAAAAACUGCUGAAGGAACUGGAUCAGAGCAUGCCCAGCAAGCCCAAGAAGAAGAAGAAGGCAAAGCGACGCUCGCGUUCCAAGCGCUACACUUUCUUGGAGUCGAAGCCGCCUGUCAAACCAGUGACCACACAUCAGUGUUGUGCACGUGGAAAGGGUCGAGUGCCCUGCAACAUGGGCUGGAUGUGGACAGCUAACGAGUUGGCACGUCACAGAUGCUGGAAACCCGGCGCCAUCACGAAACCUAUACGCGAGCUAAUGUCUUAUUUUCUGCGCGAUUACCCUGUCGAUGUGAUUGGCACAUCCCGUCGACAUUGUGGCAAAAGGAAGCCGGAUGACGUCUCGCAGACUGAAGAGGAGCCGUUGGUGCAGCAUCCAACUCUACACAUUGUGAAGAAGCAUGAUGAGUACAUCAUAACGUUGCGGCCGCUCAAAGAUCCCAAGACAUUGUCUGUGGCCGCCAAUCCGUAUGCGAACAUGAAGCCAGUGGUGUUCCGUAUUGUUAAGGAUCCGGUUGCGGCAGGCGAACGCGAGAUGAAGAUGACGCUGCAGGAUAAUGGUUUCCCGGUUUGCACUUGCAAUCAGCCGAUUGCCAAUUGCUUUUGUCGCAGCCACAAUGAUAAACUGAUUGUUGAACAGGCUGUGCGGAGUCUGGCAGCUGAACGUGGCUGGAAGGACAUUACAGGCAGCUUUGUUUACAACGAUCUUUCGGAUAGCGACAGCGACAAUGAGCUGGACUUUGGCGUCACGCCGCCAGCGGGAGUUAUAAAACCAGAGCGUAUGCGGCAACCAGAUCGAGCUCACUGCGAGACACAAUAUGAUGCGAAUGAUUGGGCCAUGCCGACCAUGUUUCCUCAUCCGCCAAGUGCUCUGGUGCAGUAUGGCGGUUGUGUAGUUGGCGAGCGGAAAGGACGCUUCCCCUGGAUUAUGGGCAAGGGAUUUGUGCAUAGGGAGCAGAAGCCAGCAAAGAAAAUUAACCAACCCAAGAAGGAGAAGAAAUCAAAGGGCAGGCAAAAAGGGGGCUACGAUGCGGGAGAUUUUCAGGCGAAUUAUUUACCCUUUCAUCGAAAUUGGCACAAAUCGAAUGCGCCGCUCAAAACUCCGUUGACUUACGACAGUGGACCACUUCGAUAAAGUGAUAAAAAUACAAAAAAAAAGGAACCAGUAAGAUAACGUAAUGUAGAAGAUACAAAUUUUAAGUAUAAUCCAAAAAUAUUGUUAACUGAGAGUUGGUAAUUAAAUCGUAUUUUAUUAAUAUUAAAA